AUGAGCGCGGCCGCCAGCCCCGAGCCCCUGCCCUCGCCCCCCGCCCCUGGGCCCCGCUACUUGGAGCGCUCGGCCGAGGGCCGCGAGUAUCUGCGGGCGCGGAACAUGGCGGCCGACCUGCGGCAGGACUUCAACAUGAUGGAGCAGAAGAAGCGAGUCACCAUGAUCCUCCAGAGCCCGUCUUUCAGGGAGGAGCUGGAGAGCCUCAUCCAGGAGCAGAUGAAGAAGGGGAACAACUCAUCCCACAUCUGGGCCCUGCGGCAGAUCGCCGACUUCAUGGCCACCACGUCCCCCGCCGUCCUCCCCACCUCCCCCAUGGGGCUGGCGGCCGUCACCCCCAUCAACGACCUGCACGGCCCCGAGAUGCCGGCGCUGGCCAAGGGGGAGCGGCUGAUGCGCUGCAAGGUGGGCAGCAUCCACCGCCUGCUCGACCUCUACGGCUGGGCCCAGCUGGGGCACGCCGCCGUCACCCUGCGGGUCAGCAAGGAGCAGGAGCAUUUCUUGGUGGCCCCGCAGGGGCUGGCGUGCAGCGAGGUGACAGCGGCCAGCCUGAUCAAGGUGAACGUGCUGGGGGCCGUGGUGGAGCAGGGCAGCACCGGCUUCGCCCCCGACGCCCGCAGCUUCAGCCUUCACGCCGCCAUCUACGCCGCCCGCCCCGACGCCCGCUGCAUCGUCCGCCUGCACACGCCGGCCACCGCCGCAGUGUCGGCCAUGCGCUGCGGCGUGCUGCCCAUCUCUCGCGCCGCGCUGCUGCUGGGGGACGUCGCCUACUUCGACUUCCGCGGGGAGGUGGAGGACGAAGCCGAUCGGGUCGAGCUCCAAAAAUCCCUCGGACCCACCUGCAAGAUACUGGUGCUGCGCAACCACGGGGUGCUGGCGCUGGGCGACACCGCCGAGGAGGCCUUCUACAGCAUCUUCCACCUGCAGGCGGCCUGCGAGAUCCAGGUGUCGGCGCUGGCAAGCGCGGGUGGUGCGGAGAACCUGAUCGUGCUGGAGCGCGCCAAGCACCGGCCCCACGAGGUGGGCUCGGUGCGCUGGGCCGGCAGCACCUUCGGGCCCAUGCAGAAGAGCCGCUUGGGCGAGCACGAAUUCGAAGCCCUGAUGAGGAUGCUGGACAACCUGGGUUACCGCACAGGCUACACCUACCGCUACCCCUUCGUGCAGGAGAAGAGCAAGCCCAAAAGCGACGUGCUGAUCCCCGCCACGGUGACGGCCUUCGUCUUUGAGGAAGAGGCCGCCCCCGUCCCCGCGCUGCGGCAGCACGCCCAGAAGCAGCAGAAGGAGAAGACGCGGUGGCUCAACACCCCCAACACCUACAUGAGGGUCAACGUGGCCGAGGAGCAGCAGGGCAGCACCGGCAGCCAGAAGACGAAGACGACGUGGCUGAAAGCGGAUGAGGUGGAAAAAGGCAGCAGCGGGACCCCCAUCCGAAUUGAGAACCCCAACCAGUUCGUGCCCCUCUACACGGACCCACAGGAGGUGCUGGAGAUGAGGAACAAGAUCCGGGAGCAAAACCGCCAGGACGUGAAGUCAGCCGGGCCCCAGUCGCAGCUGCUGGCCAGCGUGAUCGCCGAGACCAGCCGCAGCCCCUCCACAGAGAGCCAUUUGGGGGAUGCAGAGGCCAAAGAGGCGUCCCGGGAGGAGGCACCCCCCGAGCCGGAGCCCCCGAACCCCUUCAGCCAGCUCACCGACCAGGAGCUGGAGGAGUACAAGCAGGAGGUGGAGAGGAAAAAGCUGGGGCUGCAGGGCGAGAAGGACGCCGCGGCAGAGGAGAGCCAGGCUCCCCCCGCCAAAUCGCCCCCGGCCUCCCCACCGCAGAGCCCGGCCACGGUGCCGGCAGAGAGCCCGGCCCCGACGCCUGCGGAGCCCUCGGAGGGUGACAAGAAGGCGGACGGCGGCCAAGCGCCAGCCGAUUCCGCUGCUGAGAAGGACUCACCGGCAGUGAUGAACGGGAAGGAUGAGGAGCAGAGCACCGAGGAAAGUCUGGGCAAAGUGGGGGGCCAGACAACCUCCCCCACCAACGCCGACCCAGAUGCCCCCAAAGAGAAGGAGACGGUGACCAGUAGCCCUGUCUCCCCUGAAGGUUCACCCUCCAAAUCACCCUCGAAGAAGAAGAAGAAAUUCCGGACCCCGUCUUUCCUGAAAAAAGGCAAAAAGAAGGAAAAAAUCGAAUCUUGAGUCUCCUC